AUGCCUACUACCAAGAUUGAUUAUAACGUUGCUCAUAAUAUACUAAAUGAAAAAGCUCCCAAUGAAGGUGACCUGAUAGAGAACGAUGAUAUCAUAUCUACGCCAUAUGGUUUAUCGAUCUUGGAGAUUCAAGGCGAACUAAACCUCCCCAAGUCGUUUCCCCAACCCAAUGAGAAUCACAAAUCCGAAUACUUAGAAAAUUUUGUUCGGGUCAAUGAUGUGUACGAAGCUGUGAAGUUUGGGAGACUAGAAUUCGACCCUAAGAAUCAGUCCAACGUGACACUAUAUAUUGGGAAGUCUCAGAGAUUGCUAGGAUCGAUGGUUGAUUUAGAAACGCCAUUAGCAGUACUAAGAAUAAAAACUAACAAUACAGAUAACAAGGACACAGAGGAUGGUGAUCUUGAAGCAAACAGAGAUGAUAGCAUAAAAAUCGUGGAUAUUGUAAAGAAAAAGAUAAUAUUUAAACAGAGGCCUUUACCUAUUAUGUAA